CACACACACACCGUCAUACACACACAGAGCACAGAAGACGGAAGAAGCUGAGUCAGAAACGUCCACACUUUCACACACACACACUUGCAUGUGUAUAUGGAUAUGUGGCAUUCCUAGACACCAUCUCUAUCUCUCCCUCUCUCCUUUAGUUUACCGUUGGUUGUGCUCUCUCCCUCCCUCUUUCCCUCUUCCCUUCUCCUUCUCUAGUUUUCCUUCUGCUCUGCCUGUCGCUGGCAGUUGUCUGAGAGAGUGUGUGUUGAAGAAAACAGAAGAGAAGAGGUGCAGGACGGGUCAGGAUGCUGUGGACUCUGCAGAUGUAUGCGUCUACAGGUUUCCCUCAGGGCUGACUGAAGACAAGACAAAAACACUCGAGGCACCAGGAUCCUAACACACAGCUGUCUGUUUUUUUCUCCUUUGGUUCUCAAUCGGUCCAUCAGUUGUUCAUCUUUGUCCUCCUUUUUGGUGCUUUUCCACGUGUUAUUUUGGAAGCCACCCAGAAGAGAAAAUGAGGUCCAGGUUGCCUCAAGCCGCUUUGCAGCCCUUUUUUCUAGGACUGUUGCUGUCACUGGUGGACGCCAAAGGAACCUUCUAUGGAACAGGCCAUGGGAACCCGCUCUAUGGAGGAGGCCAUGGCAACAGAUACAACCUGUACAAGUCUGGAGCCAACUCACACUACAGCCCGGGCAAACCCUUGGGCCGUCACAAAAACCACUGUGCGUAUGUGGUCCAGAAGAACAUCACGUGUACGAUUGAGGACGGCAUGGCCACCUACGUGAAGGCAGAGUACACCACCAAGUGCAUCUGGGGUCAGAAGUGUCCUGUCGUCAUGUACCGGACCUUCUACAAGCCCAAGUAUAAGGUGGGCUAUAAGAGAAUUACUGCGCUGGAGUGGAGGUGUUGUCCUGGCUACUCUGGGGAGAACUGCUACGAUGGACCCACCACUCUGCCCCCUUUCAAAGGGGGUGCCCCACACCGACCAGGGAUCAAGGGGUACCCCCAUGGGCACCCCCAACCUCCCCUGAUCCAAAAACCUGUCCCUGGUGGGGCUAAUCUGGAGCCAGGGAGCCCCUUCCCAAAUCAGCCUAAUAGCAGACCCAUCCCCACUGGACAACUGCCCACCGGGAACGGCAAAUCCAACUAUGUUGGUGGAGACCGUCUCGAUCGUAUGGAGGAGGACCUGCUUCGUCUGACCCAGGAUCUGGACAUUCUGAACGGGGUGAUGGCCAGCCUAGAAGACCGCCUGCACCUCUCUCUCCGGGAGGACACAAAAAAUAUGCUGGGCUCCUUGCUCUCCACCGUGCCCCGUCUUUCAGACACAUCUGUUGGCUUUGGGGUGAUCCCAGACGGGACCCCAGAUGGCCUGGAGGGGGGAGAGGGACUGGCUGGGAGGGUGACAGAGGUAAAGGAUGAGCUCAAAGCCAAAGGACAUGUGCUUGAGGAGAUACAGGGCAUGGUUCUGGGCCAUGAAGGGCAGCUGAAAAAGUUGUUGGAAGCUGUGACUGGCAGGCCCAUCACUGGGUCAGUCUCUCCCUCCACCCUGGAGGAGCUGCUGGAUGCUAAACUAGCAGGUGUCCGCGCUGACAUCCUGGACGGCUUUGAGAGGCGUCUGUCUGGCCUGGAGAACCACUGUGAGGAGAGGAUAGGAGAGGUCCAGAGACAGUGCCAUAAUGAACACAUGAACGGCCAGGAGCACAUACAGCAGUCUCUGGACGGCAGAGAAACUGGACUGAGAGAGGAGCUGGGUACCCUGCAGGCCCAGAUACAGGGACUGACCCUCACUGAGAGCUGCUGUGGACAGCAGGUGAACAGCCUGUCGCAGAGGAUGUUGAUGCUGGAGGAGUCAGUGAAGGGCUUAAAAGAGUCCCAGCUGGAGCUUCAGGCUUCUCUCACUGACCAGACCAUCCACUUUGAGACCCUGAUAGAGGCCCGUCUGGAAGACAUGGAUGCCAGGCUCAAUGUCACCGAGUCUGGGGACGUAGGGGUUGGCAAGGUGCCUGGGGGUCUGGAUGGCUUCAAGACCCUGCUGAAGGACAAUCUGAAGUCCCUGGAGGAGAGGGUGUUUGUGGCUUUGGAGGAGCUGAGUAACACCACCGCCCCAGCUCUGCUGAAGGGUCAGGUGAUGCCCGCCCUGGAGACAGAGAUUGAGUCGGUCAGGAGGAGGGUGGAAGGAGACCUGGACUGCAUCCAGAGGAAACUCACAGACCUGGAGCUCCUCUGCACCUCCUCCUGCUCCCACGCCACUCCCCCUGGAGGAGGCGCACGGACAGGCCUAGUGGAGGAGUGUGAGACGGUGGAGAAGAAGGUGUCAGGCCGUCUGGACUCCCAUGCUGACCAGCUGGACCGUCUCAAUACCACCCUGCAGACCCUACUGAGCCGCAUUGCCCAGGAGGACGAGGAAGGCUCUGUCCAGGGAGAGAUCACCCUCCUCAAGAUCAAAGUCAACUCAGUCAACCGCACCCUGAAGGGCCUGAGGGACUCUGUUAGCCUGUUCAGUAAGGAAGUGGGCCAUGCUAAUGCCACAUGGACACACAGGGAGAAUCAGCUAGCCACCCAGGUCCAGGGUAUCACCCAGCUGGUGGGACACCAGGCCUACCUCCUGGGGGCCGGGGAGCACCGACUAGCCCAGCUGAAGGGGGAGCUGGUGAGCAUGAGGAGGAGACUGGCUGGGGAGCUGCAGGGCUGCCGGAGUACGGCCCUGGGGGUGCAGAGGGAGGUGGAGGAGGUGGAUAGUCGAGUGGCCCAGGUGGAGGGACAGUGUGGUAGCCUGGGGGAGCUGGCGGACAACCUGGAGAGGAUCAGGACAGAGCUGGAGAGACACUCAGACUUGCACCUGUCACAGGUCAAAGGAAUGAUGGCCAGUCACUCCACACAGCUGGCCAAACUGAAGGGAGAAAUGAAAGACUGUGCCGGAAAGGACUCAGCCAAUCAGAGGGGAGACCAGUAACACUUGUGCUACGGAGAAAGACGUAUGUCCUCUCAUCUUCUGCUCUCCUUCAUCUGCUCAAAUGGGAAACUUGAGGACAGAUUUAUUCCUGCAUUUUCAGAUCAGUGAAGGAGAGGAGAUGAGUAGAAUAGGCCAUUUGAAGCUAUUGAAAUGCACCCUUGGUUGUAUAGUUGGGCAAUAUUUUCCCUCAAGUUUUUCUUCAAAAGGGGCAUUUAGUUUUUUUCUUAUAGUUUUGUUUUCACAUUUUAUAUUGAUAUUAACUGACUUUUUAACUUAUUUGAAGAAAAGAUGACUUCAUUGUUAUACUGUAUUAGACAUAUUUGUGAAAAAUGAACAACAAAAACAAAGCAAAUGAUAUCCCACUGGGCACAGACGUCAAUUCAAUGUCUAUUCCACAUUUGUUCAACGUAAUUUGAUUGAAAUGAACUGGAAACAACGUUGAUUCAACCAGUGGGUUGGGACUAUGGGUUUCUACCCUGCAAGCACACUCACCUCUCUGUGUGGACUGUCCUUUAAAAAUACUGUAUGUCAAUAUGAAAGGUGCUAUACAUUUGGUUAACAUUCAUUUGAGUAUUUCUCCUUAAAGGUCCCGAACAUCAUCAAAAUGAUUGUUGCUUCUACAUUGAUAAAGUUGGAUCAUAAAGUCACUGGUCCCCUCCCCCAUGUCAAACGCUUGGAUUCAGGAGGCAGGCCAGAUACUCCUUCCUCUAUCUCUGGACAGGCAUAACCAAGGCUUUAUGAAACGUCACAUGAAGCAGGAAGUGUAAAGCCCCAACGGUAGCGUCUUAUCAUAUCAACAUAUUAUGUUCUGCCUUAAAACCGACAUCACGUGCGCCUACGCCUUGAUUUGGUCUUGUCAACAAACCAUAAGCCAGUAUCUCGCUCAAACAGAACGUAUGAAGACAUCAGAUAGCCGUGGCUGCAUUUCAUUUCGGGUGGGCAGGCGGCAGCUUUACCAAUUGGGGAGAACAUUCGAUGAGUCGUGCCAAGAAGCUCGUCCUGAAAACGGAUGCCAUCAUAGACAGUGGAUCUUGGAAGCGCUGACCGUAAUGUCUAAGUCACUCUCUGGUUCAAGGCAAAGGAAGAGAACCAGUGGCUACAGGCCUCAAGAGCUGGGGUGGGGUUUACCCAGAUCUGACACCAGGGGGCUUCAAACCCAUUCCUUCAGAGAUAUAGGUCUAAUUUCUUGAUCCUUGGCUCUACGAUGGAGUAGACAGUGAGAUGGGGAGUAUAAACCAAUUUGAAAGAAUAGUUUCAAUAGAAUGUUUUGAUAUUCUCUGUGAAAUAUGUUUAGAUAUGUGUGUUAAGAAUAAUUGGUAAAAGUAAUCAUUUAUCAUGUCGUUAAUGAACUGAACUAAACUGUUGUUCUGAUCUGUUCUUUCGAGGUUAUCAUAAAAAGUGACAUCAGACGGUAUCUUAAUGCAUGGAAGAGAUCAUUUGGACCGAAUGGUGUGUGUACCUCAAAACCCCCUGUACCUGGCUGAAGAAGAGAGACAAAGGCAUUGAAGGAGGCUUUCCAAACCACUUCUACCGAGAGAAAAGAACCAAGACAGAAAUUGGUGUACAGUAUCAGAUCUAAGCUAUCAACUGCUUUUCUUUCAUGGUUCUGUCAUACUGUGGUGAGUCCACUUGGAGUGAUCAUGGAGAAAGAUCUGUUCUAACAUUUUCUUAUGAUGCUGGUAUAUUGGUUGACGAAUGGACAAGACAUGAGUGGUAAAGAUGAGACAUUGAAAUUGGGACAUUAUCAUGGGCCGUCCAUUUUGAACUGUAUAGCUAUCUGAAGAAAAACGAAGAUGCCAGAAGAUGCUGUGCCUGUGUAAGGGGGGUUUAAUCAAACUGUGCCAUUAAAAUUGUUUAUACUUUUGUGGUAUCAGAUUGAUUGAAGAGGUCUACACCAUGUAAAUUGUAGUAAUUUAGAUUAAGAAUGCAUUGAGAUACUGAUCUGUAUUAAUAUCAUGAUUAAAAAAGUUAAUAGUAGAAUUAUGGGAUGAUUAUACUGUAUGUAAAUCUGCUAAUAUUGAUGUGUGUUAAAUGACCCAUUUGAAUCACUGAGGAAUGUUGGAUAAAUAGUUGGGUUGUUACUUAUGAUUUGGAAUAUGAAUGAUUUCACUGCCCUAUUCUCUAUUCCUGAGUAUAUUUCUGAGCAUGAGGACUUAGAGGGAUGUCUGUCCUAUAUGUUGUGAGGAGGCCUGUGUUUAGACACUGUUUCUCAUGUAACGUAAAGAGCAUAAAUAUGUUAAGUUUUUAUUCUCCUCAAAUGGAUUAUUCUAUAUGUUUAAACAGGUGCAAGUCUGUAUUAUGGUAUAAACAUUGUAAACUCAGUUUCUGACAGGCGAAUACUUACAUUGAAGGGAUUUGAUUCUUUAUUAUCUUUAAAAUUUGAUUAUGGAUUUUUUAAUUGUAUUAUAUACUCUACUGUUAGUAAGGUGCCAUGUUACUAUUCUGAUUCUUCAGAAGUGACUGAGUCCCUUGAGAGGGGAAUGUUGUGGAAUUAUCAGAAUUAGUUGAGUAACAUAGUUAAGAUGUGUUAUUUUCAUGAUAUGCUUAUGAGUUAUUUCUCAUAAGAAUGUAUUUUGUUGUACUAUAGUGGUGGCCAUUGGCCAUUGUGUGUGUGUGGUUUGCUCCCAUGAUUUGGUAAAUAGAGGAAAUUUCCACGGCAGACACCAAGGAACUUAAG